UUUGGGCAAGGUUUAUAAAUGGAUCAAAGCCUGUUCGAUCCUGCUCAUCUUCUCACAAAUCCUUCUACAGACGAUGCUGCGCAAGGACGGAGCGAUGUUGUCGAGGCUGCUGGGACUCUUCGUCCUUUCCUCCCUCUGCUCAGCCAUGCUGCUACCAACCAACACCAACACCUCCAACGAGGUUUACAAAGAGGAGGACCCCAACACCCACCACUGGAACAGUAGCUUAGAAGAUAAGGAGUUUUCUGGUUCAAGUGAGUCGUCUGGCGAGAUAGGUCCCCCGUGGUUACCCGCCACCCGUAACAUGCCGAUGCCGAUGCUCCCUGGAGGACCGUGGCCACCCGGCAACAUGACUGAUCUCCGGUCAGGGCCCAUUGACCUGGAGAUGCCCCCCACGCCUAAUACCGCGAUCUGCGACAUGAUGUUGAACGCACCAGUUCCGCCGCCUCUCGACCAGAUUCCUUUGUUCUGCAUCUGUUCGUACUGUAAGGGCACCGGGGGGCCCAAAGGAGACCGCGGAGACCGGGGUCCUCCAGGUUUUCCUGGAAGUCCUGGGCCAAGAGGAUUGACGGGGUUCCAGGGUCGGCCAGGAUUCACAGGCCGUCAGGGGAUGAAGGGUGAGAAGGGAGACAUGGGGCAGAUAGGGCAGGCCGGCCCUCAGGGUUUCACUGGGACAAAGGGCGAGCGAGGCUUCAAAGGAGAAAAAGGGGACCAAGGAUUGGAUGGCCCCCCAGGCUCACAAGGCCCUCAGGGAGAAACUGGAACAUGCCCUGCCACCUGCCAGAGUGUCCAGGGUCCACCAGGUCUACAAGGCGUACCUGGACCAGCCGGAGCCCGGGGCCUGCCUGGGGUCCAGGGGCCUAUGGGACUCAAAGGUCUUAUGGGUGAUAAGGGUGACAUAGGUAAACCGGGAGAACCCGGGAUGAACGGAACGAAGGGUGAUCAAGGUGAGAAAGGGGUGUGUAUGUGCAAAGAUGGGGUGAACGGCACUAAUGGGAGUCCAGGAGUAAGCGGGAUAAAAGGGGACAAAGGUGACACUGGUGCAAUGGGUGUACAGGGCCCCAUUGGACCAAAAGGCAACGAAGGCCACAUGGGGAUCAUGGGGCCACCUGGGCCCUGCUCCCCCGCCAUCCAAUCUGCAUUCUCUGCAGCUAUCAAUCAGUCGUUUCCUGCUCCAAACUGGCCUGUUGCUUUCCCUGUCAUUAUUACCAACCAGCAGGGGCACUUUAACCCAAUCAUGGGCAUUUACAUGGCCCCCGUCAACGGUACCUACGUUUUCACCUAUAACCUGGCAGUUGCUACAAAGCCCCUUACGGUGGGCCUGUUUGUUAACUUCAACCCUGUAGUCAAAAACACAGAAGUAUAUAGCCGCUCCAGUACCAGCCAGACUAUCGUCCUAAACCUCAAAUCGUUUGACCGGGUGUGGCUGCAGGUGAGGAACGACCUCACCAACGGCAUGUACACCGACAGUGAUAGCAGCAGUACGUUCUCCGGGUAUCUGCUGCACCCUGACUCCUGUGAAAUUCCCUUUGGCCGAUCAUUCUUGCCCGAGCCCGAGCCUCAUUAUAAACCGGGUGACUUCAUCUGGGAGGAUCCUUCAAACAAAACCACCACCACCCCUCCACAACAUUAGGCUCUAGUCAGUCAGUCGCACAGUUAUAGACGAAGAAUCCACACACACCCAAUCAAACACUCUGGGCCCUAUCUUGCACC